CAUGAGUGAUUCGCUCGGUGUUGAGUGAAAACAGCGCUGCAAACUUCCAGGGCUGCAGCUUGGAGCUGAUGUGUAUCGUCUGUAUUUAGCUGCUGGGUAGAUCGCGAUCACUGACACAAAGUCUGGGCUUAUUUAUCCUUGAGCUUAACGUUUCCCGGUGCAGCUCCUAUUAUGAUGGCUGAGCUGAUGGGGUACUAUAUAAUGGUCCUUUCAACUGUGGUCUUCUGGUCUCUCCCUUAUAAUACAUCUUCCCUCAAUCUGGAUGAUCCAAACGUCUGCAGUCACUGGGAGAGUUACUCAAGGACGGUGACGGAGUCUUAUGCUCAUCGUUUUGAUCAGAUUUACUACGCCAACUGUCCAGACAUCCUCAAGUGGUUCAAGUGCACCACAUACAGGGAGAUGUAUCGGACAGCUUAUCGCAGAGGAGAGAAAAUCAUGUACAGGAUAAAGUCACAGUGUUGCCCAGGUUUCUUUGAAAUUGGAGAGAUGUGUGCUCCACACUGUGAAGACAGCUGUGUUCAUGGCAGUUGUAUGGCACCCAACACCUGUCGAUGUGAACCAGGCUGGGGGGGUUCCAACUGCUCCAGUGCUUGUGACAGUGACCACUGGGGCCCCCACUGCAGCAAUAGAUGUCAAUGUAAGAAUGGAGCACUAUGUAACCCUAUCACUGGAUCCUGUAUCUGCACUCCUGGAUACAGAGGCUGGCGAUGUGAGGUCCAAUGUGAAACUGGCUCUUAUGGAAAUGGGUGUCAAUGGACAUGUCAGUGCCAGAAUGGGGCCAUCUGUCAUCAUGUGACUGGAGAAUGCAAUUGUUCACCAGGAUACACAGGAACUUUGUGCCAGGAUGAGUGUCCAGUUGGUACUUUUGGUGCUGGCUGUGCAAAGACCUGUCACUGUAUAAACAACAGUAAGUGCGUUCAUAUCAACGGAACGUGCCUGUGUGAUGCGGGCUACACAGGAGAAAAAUGUGAUAUCCGCUUGUGCCCUGAAGACCGUUAUGGUUUAAGAUGCAAAAAGAAUUGUCCAUGUCAUCCCCCAAGAACUCUAAGAUGUCACCCAGUGUCAGGGGAGUGCACAUGUCAGGCUGGUUGGUCAGGACUCUUUUGCAAUGAGACGUGCACACCAGGAUUUUAUGGCAAAUCUUGCAGUGACUUGUGCCAGUGCCAGAAUGGAGCUGACUGCCACAGUGUGACUGGAGAAUGUAUCUGUGCUCCUGGCUUUAUGGGUUCCAAGUGUGCAGUCCCAUGCCCAGCUGGGGCAUAUGGAGUAAACUGUUCUGCAACCUGCAAAUGUAAGAAUGGAGUGCAUUGCUCCCCUGUUGACGGAUCCUGUUCCUGUACACCAGGUCACUGUGACAGUGUGUGUGCAGAAGGAUGGUGGGGGCCAAACUGUUCGCUGCCAUGUAAUUGUAAGAAUGGGACCUCCUGUUCUCCAGACAAAGGAACCUGUGAGUGUGCACCUGGAUACGAGGGCAUCUUCUGUCAGAAAAGUUGCAAUGUGGACAGAGUGGAAUGGGUCUCCUCUACUCUGAUUGUUGGUGAAGGUGGUGUAGUGCUGUUUGGAAACUUCAACAAUUUGACCAGCGCAUCCUUACAUGUAGACAACUACCAGAUAGGAGUCAUUGCAGGAAUCAUAGUUCUAGUGUUUUUGGUACUUCUUGCCCUGCCCCUAUUCAUCAUCUACCGAAAUAAACAGAAGAGUAAAGAGGCAACCAUGCCAGCUGUAAUCUACACUCCUGCUAUCAGGGUCACAUCUAAUUAUACUAUGGCAGAUACUUACACUCCAUCAUAUGAAGCCCACCCCAGCAACUACUUUUCCAACCCCAGUUACCAUACUCUUACCCAAUGCAUCAGUCUGCCUCAUGUCAAGAGUGGUCAAUGUGCAAAGGCUGAUAGCAAUCUGUUUCCUAACAUGGAGAAUGUGGCUCUUGGUGCUCAUACUGCAACCAGGCUUAGCAACUGGAAACAAGGGGUCCACUUCAAUGAACUGGGAGCCUGUGGAGUUGACAUGACUUGCAUUGGAAAAUCACUGCAAGACAUGGUAAAGGGUGCUGACUAUCUUGCAAGUUCCUCUUCUCUUGUCAGCUCUGAAAACCCAUAUGCCACAAUAAAGGACCCCCCCUCGCCAACAUCCAAAAACACUGAAAGUAGCUAUAUGGAAAUGAAAUCACCCACCAGGAGAGAUUCAGCAUAUGCAGAAAUUCGUGACACCAGUCUGACUAAUAACCAGAAGGUUGAUAAAGUGGAGAUGAGUAUCAAAACCAUCCAACCCACUGGAGUUAGCGACACCCAUCUGCAGUUUGGAAAGGAGCCAAUUGACCAGGCAAAAAGCAACCAGUUCUCCUGUGAUUGUGACACCCUGCCACCCACAGAAACCUUUUUGUCAGAGACCAAGGAGGUGGAUUGUGAGUAAAGGCAAAGAGACUCAGAACCAAGACCAGCUCUCAAGUCCUGUCUUUGGCUCCUGCACGAGAUGACCUUUAUUAAAUAUCCCUGGAGUAUAUACAGUA